AUGAAACUGCCAAGUUUGAUUUCUUUGCUAGCCGUCUUUCUCCAAGAGUCUCAUUGUAACUCCGACAUUGAGAAACGAAUUGUUGGAGGAGAAUUCGUUCGGGAACAAGGAUUUUAUCCUUUUAUGGUGGGUAUUCUGCAUUUCUACUAUGGUAUCAGUUAUUGGUGUGGGGGAGUUGUGUAUGACGAACGUACAGUCAUUUCGGCGGCUCAUUGUUUUGACGUGGACGGACUAUGUAUUGAAAAUCUAAGCCUUGCCUUUGGUGCAAGAAGUCAAUCUAUAGCAGAAGUCGGAAUACAGAUAAGACGCCUAAAUAAAUUAAUUAUGCAUCCGGAAUUUGACCUUGAAUCAUACAACAACGACAUCGCAUUUUUGAAAUUCAGAAUAGCGAUUCCCUUCAACAAUCUGAUUCAACCUAUAGCGCUUCCAGCAACUACAGUUCAGGGAGGUGAAACACUUGUUACCAUGGGGCGGGGGCUUACACUAGGAACUGGAGAGAGUGGCGUUUUGAGACAUGUCAAGGUCAAAGUGAUCCCGAGAGACUUAUGUAACGAGUUGUUUGGAGGCUACGUUACAGAGAACAUGAUCUGUGCCGGAUACAAAGAGGGGGGUCGAGAUGCCUGUUACGGGGACUCCGGAGGACCUCUGGUGCUUCAGAAUCCAGGUGGUUUCUUCCAACUCACCGGAAUUGUUUCGUGGGGAGAAAACUGUGCUUUAUCUGAAAAGCCAGGAGUUUAUACCAAUGUGAUAAAAUACAUCAGGUGGAUCAGAAACAAUGGCGGCAAAUUCAAGGGAUGA